UUACGGUUCAUCCCAAAUCAGAAUGCGGACUUUGUGGUUUCUGCCUCAUAUGGUAAUUCUUUUGACCAUGCUGGUGGUAGUAAAUUGCGCUUCGGUCAACCGAAAACCCUCAUGGAUGGACGAACUGCUUUUUAAUGAACUUUCGGAUGAGGAUACAGAAAUGCGAGCUUGGAAGCGAGCAGGUGAAGAGGGUCUGCAAGCUCCAGUAAAAUCACCGGCUUUUAGCGAUCCUGAAGCCCUCCGAAACUACAUCAGAAAAGUCAAUGAGUAUUUUGCGCUUAUUGGGCGACCUAGGUAG